UGCCUGUAGUUUUCGGAAUUCAACACAUCACGCCAGAUCCCCUUCCUCACGCACGAGCGCACCGCCGCCGCCGCAGGCCUGGCAUUGGACGCACCCAACACCUCUCGCGCCGCCCGACAACCUGGCACCGAAUCGAUGGAGUCUGACGGCGAGGAGGAGGCGGCGGCAACGCCGAUGCCGGGGACGGUCGCAGCGGCGCCGGCGGCGGGGAGGCUGAAGGGCUGCCCGGAAUUGACGGUGGAGGGCGACAUGCGGGAGAUGGCCAAGACGACCACCUGGAGCGUCAGCUCCUGCAAGCCCGGCAACGGCGUCGCCUCCCUCCGCGACGACAGCCUAGACACCUACUGGCAGUAAGCGCCCUCGACAGCCUCGACAGCCUCGACACCUACAGGAACGGCGGCGUCGGCGGCGCCGAGGGGGACUCCACCGCGUUCCCCGCGUGGCCGCCCUCCGCGGGCGGGAUCAGGCGGCAGCACGUCAUGGAGUACUGGAUGAUGGCGUCCCUGCAGCAGCAGGGAGGAGCGGCGGCGGCGGAGGCCGUCCGGGUGCGGGAUCCCGCCGCCGCCGAGGCCUUCUUCGUGCCCUUUUUCUCCUCGCUCAGCUUCAACGUGCACGGCCGCAACAUGACCGAUCCCGACACCGAGGCCGACCGCCUCCUUCAGGUGGAACUUAUGGACAUUUUAGGGAAGUCUGAAUAUUGGCAACGAUCUGCGGGACGUGACCAUGUGAUUCCGAUGCAUCACCCAAAUGCUUUUAGAUUUAUGCGAGAUAUGGUGAAUGCAUCUGUUCUUAUAGUUUCAGACUUUGGGAGAUACACAAAGGAACUGGCUUCCUUGAGGAAAGAUGUUGUAGCACCAUAUGUGCAUGUUGUAGAUUCCUUCCUUGAUGACAAUGCAUCUGAUCCAUUUGAGGCUGACCCUACACUGCUUUUCUUCCGGGGGCGUCCAGUUAGGAAAGCUGAAGGGAAAAUCCGUGGAAAACUCGCAAAGAUAUUAAAGGACAGAGAUGGUGUGCGCUUUGAGGAUAGUCUUGCCAUAGGCGACGGCAUUAAAAUCUCUACAGAUGGUAUGCGGUCAUCAAAGUUUUGUCUCCAUCCCGCCGGGGACACUCCUUCGUCAUGCCGGCUGUUUGAUGCCAUUGUCAGUCAUUGUAUUCCUGUGAUUAUCAGCAGCCGGAUCGAGCUCCCUUUUGAGGAUGAGAUUGAUUACAGCGAGUUCUCACCUUUCUUCUCGGUUGAAGAGGCUCUAGAACCUGAUUACUUGCUCAACCAGCUCAGACAGAUGCCCAAAGAGAAGUGGGUUGAGAUGUGGUCAAAGCUGAAAAACGUCUCUAGCCACUACGAGUUCCAGUAUCCCCCCAGGAAGGAUGAUGCCGUGAACAUGAUAUGGCGGCACGUGAGGCACAAAAUCCCGGCAGUUAAUCUUGCGAUUCACAUGAGUAGGAGACUAGAAGUUCCAGACUGGUGGUGAGGAUUUGGUUAAUCGUGUACAUAUCAUCCUUCAUAUGGUUCAUGACACGAAGCCAUGGUCGUGCACCAUGACACUGGAUCCAGGAAGAUGUACUGACAGGCACUAACAUUUUUGCCCCUUUUCAUUGAUCUUACAACACCGUAGCCAUUACCCCCCUUGAGGUCAUGAUUGUAACAUCCCAAAUUUUGGAAUGUUAAUAAAAUUAUUAGAUUGUUUGUUU